AAAGUUCGAUUAGAGCCGUGUGUUUACUUCCAUCAAGAUCGUGAGAUCGAUCCCAAGCUUAGCCGCCGGCGGAGAUGGGUAAGACAUGGGCUCUCAUCACCCACCUCCACGCCCUCGCCGGGCCGAGCCUGACCCUGAUAUACCCGCUGUACGCUUCGAUCUGUGCGAUGGAGAGCACGUCCAAACUGGACGACGGGCAAUGGCUAGCCUAUUGGAUCAUCUACUCCUUCCUUGCCCUAUUUGAGAUGGCAGCCGAGCGAGUUCUUUACUGGAUACCAUUAUGGUACGAGGUGAAACUGCUCUUCGUGGCGUGGCUGGUGCUGCCGCAGUUCAGGGGCGCCUCCUUCAUCUACGAUAAGUUCGUCAGGGAGCAGAUCAGGAAGCACGGGGUGAAGCUGCACCACGGCCAUGGCCACGACGCCGGCCACGCAGUGCACGUCCUCAGGGCUGAGCAUCAUGGCGUGCACUGAGGAGGAAAGGAACAAUGCUAUCAGCCCGUCCACAGAAGCGGGGAGUAUAUUCCCUUUCGCUCUCGAGCAGCAGCGUAACCCAUGGUUGCUAGUUUGUGUAAGUUGCGAAAGAUGCGCGCACGUGAUAGUUUGGGUGUUGCUUGUGUCGUGAGAAGAUGUAAUCGCAGGGUCACAACACAAUGGGUUGGGAAUACUUGGGAUAUGAAUGUACUACCUUCGAUCAUGUUUAAUCGACGCCAACUAUA